CUGUGGCAGUCAGUCGCCUCGCCAGUCCCCAGUGGAGUGCGGUGGAAGGCUCACCCUCGCAAUAUUCCUCAGUCCCCGCCGAUGUUAGACUCUCGGCCGACGACUCCAGCCUGAUUCCCCGAGUGCAAUCGAGUGCUUCCCGUGCUCGCGUUUAAAUUUGGGCUCGAGUCGCCUUUGUCUGGCGGUGGACGCAUUUUCUGUGCCGAGUGCCAGGGUUGUGUGAAAACAAAAGAAAGGUAGCCCUUGGCCGUCAGCAGAAGACGUCUCCCCUAAACAGCCGCAAUUUUGAGUGAAAUUCGGUGGAAAACGGCGCUUUGUCGUCUGGAAGGUGAAGUUCAAAGGCUUUUCUCGUAUGUAGGGUGUGUUUAUUAGCAUCAUAUUGCAAACAACAAAAUUGAGGCCCUUUUUUUACGGGCGCCUAACCUCUUUCACAUGUACUUCAUUUAUUGUCUGAUAGAAUCUUUUUUCCCAGUUCUGAUAUUUAAGCCCCUUUUAACUACCAGUUAAAAUUUAUAAUACCCCAAUUUUUUAUUUAAAUCUGUCGUACAGUUUUUGUUUUUUGUAAAUUUAAUUUAAUGUGCCAUUGUAGCACAAACAAAACCCUGAUAUUACCUUGUUGACAAGUACAUGAAGUUUGGUUUUGUAGCUUUUACCACCUUCCUUUCGUUCAGAAGCCUCAAUUUCACUCUUUCAGACCUUAAGCUCCAAGCCGGCAAUUAAUUUCAACCGAGAGGUCUUAAAUCCUCAAAAGUCAAUCUAUUUGAAAAUGACAGUGAAUUAGUCAGUGACUGUGCAUCAAAGACACAAGUGCAACCAUGGAUAUCAAAGCUCUACACAAGAGUAGCACCUUCAGUUCCUUUACCGGUGAUGCCCUCAAGAUAUCAAACUGGUUUGCAGCCCUAGGCGAACAUAGACGAAAGUCGUCUAUGAAAGCCUCCAAAAGUCUAACACUAGGUGUCUUGCACGAAAAUUUGCGCAUUGGUUCAGAUGGAGAAUCUGAGGAAGCAUCUGGUGCCUCAGAUGAUGUGGUCUCACCUGUUAAAUUACGCCCCAAGAAUAGAAGACUUAGUGAACAAGACAUAAACAAACGGUUGUCGCUGCCGGCUGAUCUGCAUUUACCUGAAUCAUUUAUUGCUAAGCAAAAUGUUAGUCCUACUAUUGACGGACCUCUCAGUAGAGCAACAAGAAGGCAGUCACUCUCCGAGAUCGGUUUCGGCCGGAUGGAAACUUACACAAAACUUGACAAACUAGGCCAAGGAACAUACGCCACGGUUUUCAAAGGAAAGUCACGCCUCACUGAUAAUCUUGUAGCCCUUAAAGAAAUUAUGCUAGAACCUGACGAGGGUGCUCCCUGCACUGGCAUCAGAGAGGUGUCUCUGCUCAAAGACCUUCGGCAUGCAAAUAUUGUAACACUUCAUGACAUCAUUCACACUGAAAAUCAUCUCACCCUUGUGUUUGAAUAUUUGGAAAAAGACCUGAAACAAUACAUGGAAGACUGUGGCAAUAUAUUGAGUAUGAACAAUGUUAGGCUGUUCCUGUUUCAAUUGCUUCGGGGUCUUGCCUACUGUCACCAAAGACGCAUUUUACACAGAGACCUGAAACCUCAAAAUCUUCUUAUUAAUGAGAAAGGAGAGCUUAAGCUGGCAGAUUUUGGGCUAGCAAGAGCAAAGUCUGUACCCACUAAGACUUACUCAAAUGAAGUGGUUACCCUCUGGUAUAGGCCACCAGAUGUACUUGUAGGGUGCACAGAAUAUUCAACGCAAAUAGACAUGUGGGGAGUUGGCUGCAUCUUCUAUGAAAUGGCUUGUGGUAGACCUUUGUUCCCUGGUUCAACGGCAGAAGAACAGCUAGGACUGAUUUUCCGAGCAUUAGGGACCCCUCCUGUAGGACCUCUAACAGAGAUUUAUGAAAAAAAUUAUCGUGCCCCUCGUAAUGAACCUCUUUUGUCAAGGGCUCCUAGGCUUGACAAAGAUGCAAAACAUCUUUUAUCUAAGUUCCUGCUUUAUGAAGCUAAGAAGCGGAUAUCAGCAGCUGAGGCAAUGAAACAUCCCUACUUCUCUUGUUUAGGUCCGGGUGUUCACAAAUUACCUGAUGUGACAUCUAUCUUCACAUUGCCUGGACUGAAGCUAUCUAGAGACCCUGGGUACCGGUCAUACCGGUCAUCAGGUAUCUUCACUAAAACCAAUACCGCCAAUAUACCCCGCCGACAAAGUAUGCUUUUAUGAGACAUAAGUGUCAUGUAGGCCUCCAUGAGGCUCUCAUUAUCUGUGAUGCCAAGGACUAUAGGGCGAUCAGUCCGCUACUAGACCAGGCUCCUAUUUUGAAAUCUGUUGUCAAUGCAAGAAAAUGAAGAGACGAAAAUGGUGUACUUUAUUCAUGUAUUUCAUGGUGCCACUGAACUGGGAUCAACAGUUGUAAGAAGAGAUCUAGAAGCUACACAGUCUCAUCUCUCAUUCCUUGUGUUUGGAGCCAUUUGUAUCAAUUGACAUGUGCCAACAUCCUAUAAUUGUUUGCAGCAACUACUCUGUAUACUUAGUUCCCAUUUGACUUAUUUUUUCACACUUCUCCCUUUGAUGAGAUUGUCAGAAUUUUAUGAAUGAGACUUUACUCUAUUCAGUUUCCAAUGUUUUUGAGUGGGCCACAAUCGCAGCUGUAAUGCUUGUAAUUUUUAAUAAACCUGACGUUGAGUUUUGCCACAAUUUUAAUCAAGAAAGCUUUGAGUUAGGCUAUCAAUGCAUGACUUGCAUUGGCUACAAUACUAAUAAAUUACAAAUUACGCUCGGGGUCGUCUCUUCUCCACUUCUUAACCACACCGCCGCUGCUGCCAUCUUCUUUUGCCCUUGAUUUGUGGGAAGUUAAUACGUUUUCGGCGCACCUGGUGUCCCUGAACCACCUGGUAGUACGUACCUGGUUUUUAUUGGGCUGUGGUCUCCAUGGCAAAGACCUCAACUUGGCGUGAAAGUGUGAAGAUGGGAUGUCUUGUCCAGUAAUAGCCAUUAUUAUUUAUGACUGUUAGUGCAUCUGUCAAUUUCUUUUUAUAAAAAUCUUACAUAAAUUGUGUGGUGUGAGCUGUAUGUCCUUAGAAGUCCAUUUUUCUAUUUCAAAUGCAGAAUUCCUUGUGUGUACAUGUGCGACAUGACAAGUGAACAGUCUAAACUGAAUCAGGUCUGGUGAAGCCAUGUUGUAUGCAAUCUGUAUGUCCUGUUAUAUUUUGUUUACCCUCCUUGUUUUGGCAUGAGUGUAUGUAUGCAUGUGUUAACAUCUCUUUUGUCCCCUAUUUUGUGUUGGUAUCUGCUGCAAGUUUAGCAUUGUUAUGUAAAUUUUUGUGUGAAAUGUUAUAUUUUAUAUCUGAUUUUGGUGAGCUCUGUUAUGGUGUCAUUCAUACCCAGCUAAUGAAGGAUUUUAAAAUUAAGAUUUAAAUUUCAGAGAAUUAUUAACUACAACCAGUUAUCUUAAAACCUGUGUGUAUUUUUAUUCAUAUAUCAUUCUUUGAGGUCUAUUUAAUAGCUAUUUUAGAUGUCUUAAAAUGAUGAUUUUAAUAGAAGCUGUUCAUUGUUAGUUUUUCUUGCGUCCAAAUCAUUUAAGGUCAGAGGUGCAAAGUUUAAUGUCAUUGGACCUGAUGUGAUCAUGAACCAAUCCUAUCUGUUUAUGAGGUACAAAAUUAAAUGAAAUGUUCUCUGAUCAGAUCCGUCCAAUAAUUUUGCUUAAAUAAUGGGCUCAUUUAUUCCUGUCCUUGAAUGUAGGCUGUGAGGGCAGAAUAAGUUUCACAGGAUAGAUGUCAGCAUCAAUUAGCAAGGGAAUAUAUGUGGCGAAUGUUGCUCAAGGUGGAGGUUGUUCUUGUACCCCAUAUUCUUUCAGGUUCUUACCACAGUAGAUUACUGUUGCAACUAUCUACACUUCAUUCCUUUUGUCAACAAUCCAUUUUCAUGGCUGCAAUGUUACUUUUAGUUCUUAUUUUUAUGUUUGUGGCAAAGUCAGAACAAAUCUAAUAACGAACAAAGUAGCUUGUACUAGCAAAAAGAAAAUGUAUCCAAAUUAAGCUGAAACUCGCUGAAACUAAAACCUUAUUUACACAUUUCCUUUCCCUUUUUCAUUGCCAUAGUUUAUUUUCUCCAGCUUCAUCAUUUACUUUUGCACUGUGUUGCUAAGAGUGUCAUUUAUGACAUAGACUGGAUAUUUUUAAAUGGACCUAAUGUUAUUCACACAAGGGACUUGAUCUCUUUUCCUCUUCUGAUUUGUUCCUGGAACUGAGACAUCUUAGUGUCACAUUCAACCCAAAGUAAUUCCGCACCUUUGUUUUACAUGAGCAAAUGGGAAUGAGGUUAUUGUUUCAUGGUUUGUAACUGAAAGAUGCUGAGUGAGAACCCUACUGUUCCUUCUAAUGUGGCCAAUUCCCUGUCUCUCUUUUCUUUUAAAGAUAAAAUCCAUCCAAAAAUUGUGUAAAUAUUUCAAUUUAGGCUCAAAUAGUAUCAUACCAUCAUAAUGUUAAGGUUUAGAUGUGUGCUGCUCAAAGAAGAUGCAAUGUCGGUACCAACCAUGUUUAAGACUGCUCUUGAUUGCCAUAGUAUGCUUCUUUAUAAAUGGUUGGUAAUCCGUAAGAAUACAAGCAAUAUUGUUUAGAAAUGAUAAGUGAGACAUACAGCUUUGCAACUUAAGCUUUGUUUUCAAAUUAUUGUGUUUGCUUAUAGUUCUUGUGUCAUUUCGAUUUGUAUUGACAAUACAAUGUUACUAAUAAUGUUACUUUGGUCUAAAUUGCUAACUUGCUAAAUGAAAUCUUAUCACAGGAGCAAGAGUUGUCUUUCCUAAUUUGUACUGAGUGCUAAAUGUAAAGUAAAACACUUCAGACAAAGGGGCUGGUAAUACACAAAAACAUGCUUUCCUAGCGAGCCUAUCAGAAGAAAGCAUAAGGGGCAGUGCUGUUGGGUUAUUUUUUUUGUGUUUCUUGUCUUUCACAUAUGACUGAUUUCUUUCCUUAUAUAUUUUUUUUAUUGAUGUAAGGAUUGUUUUGUGAAUUGCCCUUUCUUGCAGGGUGGGAGAUGGUCUUAUUAAUUACUUUUAUUCGUCUAGUUUUCAUUAUUUGAAAAGCAGAAUAUGUUAGAUUUCUCCGUCCCAACUUCAAUAAACUUUGUUACAAUUCCCAAGUUUUGCCAUGUGGAAAGAAAAACUGAUAAUUGGAUAAAGAUUCAAACACAAAAUUACAUGGUCAGAUUGUUGGAUGUCACAUAGUCUAUGACACCUUUUAGAUUUUCUGUUGAAAUGAAUAUUGUGUCUUGAUGACUUUCUGCACCAAACCAUUGUGUAAUUAAAACAUGCAUGUUAGAGAAUUUUGUAGUAAUUGAUUGGUGUAGUAUUGAUUUUAAGCUGCAUCAUCCAUGAGGAUUUUCCCUUCUCAUUCCAGAUGUUUGCCUAACUACUUUUAAACACUUGUUAUGAUGGAAAACAUGAUUCACAUUUACAUUGUUAUACUUCUGUUGUGUUUUAAAAUUUUGACUCCCCUUUCUUAAAUUGAGGGGAAUGUGUGUGUUUCUCACUAUGGCAAAAGUUCUCAUUUUUGUACUGGUGUUCAUUUCAUGCUGUAAAGAUGAAACACCCAAUAUUUUAUUGUUUUUUUUUUUUUUUUUUUUUUUAAGAACUUCAAACCUAAACAUCUUGUAGAGAACAUACUUUGGCUGUUAAUUAUGGUGUCGUGAGUGUUUGGUUUUUGUACUGUGACUGUUUUAGUUUCAUGAUUGUGUCGUAUUGUAGUUCUAUAAGUUUUGCCAUUUGGUUAAUCUCCUUUUUAUAGACUGAGUUGAAUUAAUGCCUUCCAAACCGAUGAAAAUUGCACUAGACAUAAAAAGCUGUGUUAGUUUUUAUCUGUGUAGAAUCUAUGGGAUGGAAGCCCACAUAUUUCAUGUGUAAUCGUCAGUUUUUUUGUUUCUUUUUUUUAUGCAUAGGAAAAUGUUACUGUAGUGUUGUUUAAAUAUAUUUAUUAGAAAAAUAUGUGUAGAAUUAUGAGUUAUAGAUUUUUUUAAAUGUGUUCGAUCCUUGAAGUUUGGUACUUACAAACCAGGUUAGAUCAAAUUCAUGCUCAUGCAAGGUGGCUCAAGGUUAGCACAUUCACUACAUUGUCGCAUUCCAGAUAGCUUAAUGAAGUGAACGAUUCAUUACUUCUAAGAUGGAGUAUUCAAUACAUGAAUUGGUCUUUCUGAAGAAUAAAUAGAUGGUGAGCGUUGAAGGAGCUUGCCCUGACUACUCCGUAAUUAAGGUGCAGUUGUGAAGGAGCACUCACGCUCGUUGAUGUGUAGGGUAUCAAGCAGACAAUGUGGCCAGUACGUGAUAGCAGUUGUGUCCGGAUCUGGCCCACUACGCUACGCCACUAAAUUCCUUCAACUUUUAAAAAUUAUACAAGUCCUUCAAAUGAAUGUGCUAUUCUCACCGUUAUGAAAUGAUUUGACGUACAAUAUUCUAGCAUCAAUUUUCUAUGCACUUCAUACUGAUGAUUUUGUAGCUGUAGUGUCAAAAGUGCAUAUGUAUCUCAAUCUUUUGUAAAAUGUAUAAAAUUUAAUCAUAUAAAACAACCGAAUUUACAAAGUUUAUGUUGAGGCACUUUACCCCUCAUUGUGUUCAUGUUGUUUUGAAAUCUACCAAAACUCUGUUAAUGCCAUUCAAGUUUUAAGUGUGUUAAAAAAGUGUGUAUAAUAAAGUUCAGCCAUACUUAAA